AUGUUUGCCACCCAAGUUCCACCUACAUGGACUGAUCGUGAUUCUUGUUUUCGCUGUCGUACAGCAUUUUCAGCAUUUACUCGUAAACAUCAUUGUCGAGCAUGUGGAGAAACAUUUUGUUCAAUUUGUUCAUCUAAAUCAAGUUCACUACCAGAACUUGGUAUUGACGAUGAAGUGCGAGUUUGUGAAUCAUGUUAUGAUCGUUUAUCAACGACUGGGAGUAUGCAAUCAACACGAUCAUCCGUACCAGUAUCAACAACAAAUAAACCGAAAGGAAAAAGUCAAGCUGAACUGGAUGAAGAAGAUGCUCUUCAAUUAGCAAUAUCAUUAUCACAAAGCGAAGCUGAAGAAAAAGAACGCCAAAAGAAAUUACUAACACAACAAUAUGCAAUGUCAAAUAUUCAAUUUCCUCCAACACCGUUAUGUUCAGCACCAAUGGCUGAUCAGGAUGAUAACGAACAAAAAACGGUCGGCGGUGAAUUAGCCAAAUACUUAGACCGAAAUUAUUGGGAAGGUCAAGUAUCAAAAGAUCUUGGAACCAUAACAACAAUUAAGACAGAUCCAUUAAAUAGUUUUGUCGGUGACGAUGACAUUGAUGCAUUUAUUAGUUCUGCUAAUGAACAUAUAAAUAAUAUUAAAUUUCGUAUGUUGAGUAAUCAACAACGGGGUCGUAAUAUUGCUAAUGAUACAGCUGUACAAUCUGUUUUUUUUAUUCUUCAACACAUGCAUCCUGAAUUACAUUAUUUUAUAAAAUCACUUGAUAACAGACAAGCCUAUUAUGAAAGUUUACAAGAUAAAUUAGGCCAAUUAAAAGAUGCACGAGAAGCAUUGAAUGCAUUACGUGACGAACAUCUUGAAAAUAAAAGACAUCAAGCAUUUGAGCGUGAAAGACAACGUCAAAUACAAUUAGCUGUUAAACUUGAUGAUAUGCGUCAGAAGAAACAAGCUUAUUUGGAAUAUCAAAGACAAAUACAUCUACAACGUCUUGCUGAACAAGAAGCUGAAAUGCAAGCACGUCUUGAUCAACAGCGAUUUUAUACUCAACAACGUGAACAAAAAAAUCAAAUUCCCUAUGUUCAACCAUCGCCAUCUGUCGGCUACUAUCCACAUCAUCAAUAUCCCGUGCUUUCAUCUCAGUUAACGUCAUGUACAUUCUCGAUGGGGCCUUUGUCAGACGCUUCAAUGCAACCUGUUGCAGCUCCAUUAUCUCAAAUGCAACAACCAUAUGCUGUACAUCCACCGAUUCAAUCAAAUGAACAAACAUUAAUUUCAUUCGAUUAA